CCGGGGCGCAGGGAGCGCGGCGCCCUUAAGCCCUGCCGCGCCUCUCCUUCCCCCUCCCCGCCAGGUGCAGAAGAAGGAGAAGAAGGACAAGGAGCGGGAAAAUGAGAAGGAGAAGAGUGCGCUGGCCCGGGAGCGCAGCCUCAAGAAGCGCCAGUCCCUGCCGGCGUCUCCGCGCCCGCGCCUGUCUGCGGGCCCCGCCGAGCUCAGUCCCAAGGCCAAGGCCCAGCCAUCCUCCCCCACAUCCUGGCACAGGCCUGCCUCUCCCUGCCCCAGCCCAGGGCCAGGCCACGCUCUACCCCCCAAACCACCAUCCCCUCGGGGCACCACUGCAUCACCCAAGGGGCGGGUUCGGAGGAAGGAUGAGGCCAAGGAGAGCCUCAGUGCUACAGGACCUGUGGACAAGAACCACAGCAAGAGCAAGACCAGUGAGGAGAAGGAGCCAGCAGCCCCAGCCUCACCAGCACCCUCGCCUGUGCCCUCCCCCACCCCAGCUCAGCCGCAGAAAGAGCAGCCCACAGCCGAGAUCCCUGCAGAUACUGCUGUCCUGACCUCACCCCCAGCUCCUGCUCCACCAACGACCCCUAGCAAACCCAUGGCUGGCACCACAGACCGAGAGGAGGCCACUCGGCUCCUGGCUGAGAAGCGGCGCCAAGCACGGGAGCAGCGGGAGCGCGAAGAACAGGAGCGGAGGCUACAAGCGGAAAGGGACAAACGCAUGCGGGAGGAGCAGCUCGCGCGGGAGGCCGAGGCUCGGGCCGAGAGGGAGGCGGAGGCCCGGAGGCGGGAGGAGCAGGAGGCCCGAGAGAAGGCGCAGGCGGAGCAGGAGGAACAGGAGCGGCUGCAGAAGCAGAAAGAAGAGGCCGAAGCUCGGUCCCGGGAAGAAGCGGAGAGGCAGCGUCUGGAGCGGGAAAAGCACUUCCAGCGGGAGGAGCAGGAGCGGCAAGAGCGCAAAAAGCGUCUGGAGGAGAUAAUGAAGAGGACUCGGAAGUCAGAAGCUGCUGAAACCAAGAAGCCGGACAGGAAGGAGGCACAAGCCAACAAUUUCAGCCCAGAGCCUGUGAAAGCCGGGGAGGCUCGGCCCCUGGGGCUGCAGAAGGAGGCAGUGCAGAAAGAGGAGCUGGCCCCCCAGGAGCCUCAGUGGAGCCUGCCAAGCAAGGAGUCGCCAGGGUCCCUGGUGAAUGGCCUACAGCCUCUCCCUGCACACCAGGAGAAUGGCUUCUCCCCUAAGGGGCCCUCUGGGGACAAGAGUCUGGGCCGAACGCCAGAGGCACUCCUGCCCUUCGCAGAGGCAGAAGCCUUCCUCAAGAAAGCUGUGGUACAGCCCCCACAGGUCACAGAAGUCCUUUAGGAGGUUGCCUUGGAUCCAGGUGCAGCUGAGGGCUCCUCUGCAUCAUCUACCAGGACGUCCGCAAGAGAAAGAGACAGAACAAAGCCAGAAGUGGCCUGGGCCCGUGGGGGUGGGUCCUCUGUUAUUUUUAAUCUGCACCUUAUAGACUGAUGUCUCUUUGGCCGGAGCCAGAUCCUGCCCCUCAGUGCAUUCGUGUGCUCACAUGCGCGCCCCCCCCCCCAUACACACACAUACACUCACAACAGCCUCUCUGGCCUCCUCCCUUGGGGAGGGGCCACCUGUAGUAUUUGCCUUGGUUUGGUGGGGUACAGUGGAUGUGAAUACUGUAAAUAGCUUGUGUUCAGACUCCUCUGCGUGGAGGGGGCGGGUGCAGGAGGCAGACCCUCCCAAGACUCCCUGGGGUGAUCUUCCUCUCUCUAUUUAACUGUAACUGAGGGGGAACCCAGGUCUGGGGAUGGGCACCUUGGGCCACAGGAUACUGGUUGCUUUAGGGGUACCCAUGCCCCCUGCCCUCGCCUGGAAUCAGUGUUAUUGCAUCUGAUCAAACUUCUCCAGAAAUAAAGUGAGAAUAAUUCUGCCAGUCCUGUCUAUCCUUGGGGCUGGUGGUGGGUGGGAGCAGGUGGCCUCCUGCCUUCUAAGAACUUAAGGAGCCAGGGCCUGGUGAUAUCUGCCCCUAUCCGGUACUAGUUCUAGAGCUCCUGCAUGUGGUCUCCAUCUUGUAAUGAAUUCAUUCAUUUAACAAAUAUGGUACCAGGCAGUGGACUACGUUGUAGGGAUGCAGUAGUAGGAAAAGAUGUAGCCUCUGUUCUCACAGGGUUUACAGUCUAGCAGGUGAGUGUCAUAGACACUCAGUUGCUUACUCAACAUCCGUUCCCAUUUGCCCAAAUGAUUUUGUUCAAGUGGCCAUCUUCCUCCUGGCUCCCCCCCCACCCCCCACCUCUGUGCUUCAGCAGAGGUAGAUCCUAGGCCUAGGGGUGAAUCAUGAUUGUAAUGAGGCAAAAAUGAUGGUCCCCAACCCCUCAUGAAUGACUGGUUUAGGUACAGGCAUGCGACCCAACUGUGGUCAGCAGAUAUAAAGAAAAGCCUCUUGGGCUUCUAGGAGAGGCAUCCUCACUCUUGGAGAAAAAAAAUGAGGCCCUCCCAGCGUCCCACACCUCCUCGUGUUCGCACCCUGUGUAGUCCCUUCCAGGCUGUAGCAGGGCUGGGCUGAGUGACCGACAGAACACAGCCGAAGCGGUGGCAUGUCACGUGAGAGGUUAGGUCCUAAAAGACACUGUAGCUUCUGUUUUGGUCACUCUCCCGCUCUUGGACCCUCUGUGGAGGAGGCCCCUGCUACACUGCAAACAGCCUGAGGGGCCCGCGUGCCAAGGGACUGAAGCCCCCUGCCAAUAACCACAUGAAUAAGCUUGGGAGCAGCUUCUCCAGCGUCAGCUAAGCCUUCAGAUGACUUCAGCCCCAGCCAACAGCUUGACAAUAACCUCAGGAGAGCUCCUCGGCCAGAACCAACUAGCGAAGCCACUCCUGGGUUUCUAGCCCUCAGAAACUGUGAGAUAAUAAAUAUUGUUUUAGACA